GGUAUGACUUGAACUGAAGCAGAACUACACUUAGCAAAAGUCAAUGUUUAAACUCAACAUUCCACUUUCCUUUAACUAAGAAUAGUUUUUAUUAACUUUUAGUGAAACUCAGUCCUAGUCAAAAAAAAGCCCUGCUCUCUGAUCUUUGUACAAGAACAUCAUAAAGCAAUUCACUUUGGAUUUUCUAAUAUCCCAUUUCUGAGAAGAAUGGCAGACUAUUGAACAGGUGUAUCUUAGGUCACGUGGGGACUGCAUCCACCUGAAAAUCCACCGUUGACUUAUUAGGAAACUCAGAGAUCAGAAUCUUUCACAGAGUAGUCUUUUAAGAAGAUUCAGUUGUCAACAGCUAGCAGUCUCUUUGCCAAAUAAUUAUAUCUGUGACUUCUGAAACUAUUUGGCUGCCUAAAGUUAAAGGACUUGGGGAAAGUCCUUCCACUGCUCUUCUGCAGUGGUGUCACACCACUCAGUGCAGGGCCCAUCGAGAAGAAAGUAGUGUCAGGAUCCACAUGGCACUAUGGUAACUUUGUGAAAGGGGACAUUUUCUCCCUCUGAACUUCUCUUCAUAAAGUCAUUGUGCUUCCUCUUGGGGAUCACCUGUUCAGUCUCAAUGGGCUUUGAUGUGCUCCUGGAUCAAGUGGGUGGCAUGGGGAGAUUCCAGAUUUGUCUGAUAGCUUUCUUUUGCAUCACCAACAUCCUACUGUUCCCUAAUAUUGUGUUGGAGAACUUCACUGCAUUCACCCCUGGUCAUCGCUGCUGGGUCCCCCUCCUGGACAAUGACACUGUGUCUGACAAUGAUACCGGGACCCUCAGCAAGGAUGACCUCCUGAGAAUCUCCAUCCCACUGGACUCAAACCUGAGGCCACAGAAGUGUCAGCGCUUUAUCCAUCCCCAGUGGCAGCUCCUUCACCUGAACGGGACCUUCCCCAACACAAAUGAGCCAGACACGGAGCCCUGUGUGGAUGGCUGGGUGUACGACAGAAGCUCUUUCCUCUCCACCAUCGUGACUGAGUGGGACCUGGUAUGUGAAUCUCAGUCACUAAAAUCAAUGGUUCAAUCCCUAUUUAUGGCUGGGUCACUGCUGGGAGGUCUAAUAUAUGGCCAUCUUUCAGACAGGGUUGGACGGAAGAUCAUAUGCAAAUUGUGUUUCCUCCAGCUGGCCAUCUCUAACACCUGUGCGGCCUUCGCUCCCACCUUCCUUGUUUACUGCAUACUGCGCUUCUUGGCAGGGUUCUCCACCAUGACUAUUUUGGGAAACACUUUUAUUCUCAGCUUAGAGUGGACAUUGGCCCGGUCGCGAUCUAUGACAAUAAUGGUUUUAUGUUCCUACAGUGUUGGGCAGAUGCUCCUAGGAGGGCUGACUUUUGCCAUUCAGGACUGGCGCAUAUUGCAACUGACUGUGUCUACACCCAUAAUUGUCCUCUUCUUGUCCUCUUGGAAGAUGGUGGAGUCUGCUCGGUGGCUGAUUAUCAACAAUCAGCUAGAUGAGGGCUUAAAGGAGCUUAGAAGAGUUGCACACAUAAAUGGAAAAAAGAAUACUGAAGAGACACUGACCACUGAGCUUGUGAGAUCCACCAUGAAGAAGGAGUUGGAUGCAGUACAAAUUAAAACAUCUGUUUUUUCCCUGUUCCAUGCACCCAAAUUGCGAAUGAGAGUCUUCGGCCUGUGCUUUGUGAGAUUCGCAAUCACUGUACCCUUUUAUGGCCUGAUACUCAACUUGCAGCACUUAGGGAGCAAUGUCUCCCUGUUCCAGAUUCUCUGUGGAGCUGUCACAUUCACAGCCAGAUGUGUUUCCCUUUUGACACUGAAUCAUAUCGGUCGUCGAAUAAGCCAGAUGUUGUUCACGUUCCCGGUGGGACUUUUCAUUCUGGUCAACACCUUUUUGCCCCAAGAAAUGCAGAUCCUGCGUAUGGUUUUAGCAACUUUGGGAAUUGGUAGUGUUUCUGCUGCUAGCAACAGUGCUUCUGUCCACCACAACGAGCUCGUCCCCACCAUAUUGAGGUCAACAGUUGCAGGAAUCAAUGCAGUGUCCGGUAGGACUGGGGCAGCACUGGCUCCUCUGUUGAUGACCUUAAUGGCGUAUUCUCCCCACCUGCCCUGGAUUUCCUAUGGAGUCUUCCCCAUCCUUGCUGUCCCUGUUAUCCUCCUCCUUCCAGAAACCAGGGAUCUACCUCUUCCUAACACCAUCCAGGAUGUGGAAAAUGACAGAAAAGAUUCAAGAAACGUAAAGCAGGAAGAUACUUGCAUGAAAGUAACACAGUUUUAAGAGAUUCCCAAGACCUGAUCCAAAGAAGAGCAAAAUGGGCAGGGGGAAUCAAGAUUAUGCCUUUAUAUCUGCAAAACUAGCCAAAAAUAUAAUGUGCAGACAGGUGCCAUUUAUAAUUAUGGUACUACAUGUAUCAGUAAUUCCAAAAUACCUUAUAAGUUUAAGUGAUUCCAUGAAAUAAUGAUUUGCUUUUGGGAAGAAGUUGCACAACUAGUUUCAAAUUCAUCUGAAAAUCACUAACAGCCAAGAUGAUUCCGGAAAAAGAGCAUCAUGGAGUGACGAUCAGGCUGACUCAUAUACGGUAAAGCACAUGCUGGACUUUUUAUAAAACUAUAAUCAACAAAACAGUAAUAGCAAAUGCAUUAUAAUUUGUUUGCAUUAACACACCGUAAUGACUCCAGAAACAUGCCCAAGUAUACAGAAAGAGUCUUCAAAAAAUUCAUGAAAAUGCAUAUUAUGAGUAAACUAUGCAUGGAGUUCAAAUUUUUGUGCCAAAAUAAAUCUGUACUAAUUUUUUAUAACAUGGCUGAACAGGAUCUAUUUUGAAGCACUAAGAAGGAUAAGAUGUUUGUGUGAAAAAAGCUGUUAUCCAAGGAACACAAAUUCUGCUGAAAUAGAAGCAAGAACAAACAUCAAAUCUAUGGUGAAACUUAGGUGGAAGAAUGGUGAAAUCACUGAGACUUUACAAAAAGUUUAUGGGGACAAUGCUCCAGAGAAAUUAGUAGUUUACAAAUGGAUAAUGCAUUUUUAAAAGAGAUGAGACAAUGUUGAAGAUGAAUUCCUUAGCAGCAGAACAUCCACAUCAAUUUGCAAGGAAAAAAUAAUUUAGAGAGGGCAGCCAAGAUGGCCAAAUAGCAACAGCUUGAGUCUACAGCUCCCAGCAUGAGCGAUGCAGAAGAUGGGUGAUUUCUGCAUUUCCAUCUCAGGUACCAGGUUCAUCUCACUAGGGAGUGCCAGACAGUGGGCGCAGGACAGUGGGUGCAGUGCAUCGUGCGUGAGCCAAAGCAGGGUGAGGCAUUGCCUCACUUGGGAAGUGCAAGGGGUCAGGGAGUUCCCUUUCCUAGUCAAAGAAAGGGGUGACAGACGGCACCUGGAAAUUCGGGUCACUCCCACCCGAAUACUGCGCUUUUCCAAUGGGCUUAAAAAAACGGUGCACCAGGAGAUUAUAUCCCGCACAUGGCUCAGAGGGUCCUACGCAUAUGGAGUCUCACUGAUUGCUAGCACAGCGGUCUGAGAUCAAACUGCAAGGCAGCAGUGAGGUUGGGGGAGGGGCGCCCGCCAUUGCCCAGGCUUGCUUAGGUAAACAAAGCAGCCAGGAAGCUCGAACUGGGUGGAGCCCACCACAGCUCAAGGAGGCCUGCCUGCCUCUGUAGGCUCCACCUCUGGGGACAGGGCACAGACAAACAAAAAGACAGCAGUAACCUCUGCAGACUUAAAUUUCCCUGUCUGACAGCUUUGAAGAGAGCAGUGGUUCUCCCAGCAUGCAGCUGGAGAUCUGAGAACUGGCAGACUGCCUCCUCAAGUGGGUCCCUGACCCCUGACCCCCGAGCAGCCUAACUGGGAGGCACCCCCCAGUAGGGGCAGACUGACACCUCACACAGCCGGGUAGUCCUCUGAGACAAAACUUCCAGAGGAACAAUCAGACAGCAGCAUUCGCGGUUCACUAAAAUCCGCAGUUCUGCAGCCACCGCUGCUGAUACCCAGGCAAACAGGGUCUGGAGUGGACGUCCGCAAACUCCAACAGACAUGCAGCUGAGGGUCCUGUCUGUUAGAAGGAAAACUAACCAACAGAAAGGACAUCCACACCAAAAACCCAUCUGUACAUCACCAUCAUCAAAGACCAAAAGUAGAUAAAACCACAAAGUUGGGGAAAACACAGAGCAGAAAAACUGGAAACUCUAAAACGCAGAGUGCCUCUCCUCCUCCAAAGGAGCACAGGUCCUCACCGGCAAUGGAACAAAGCUGGAUGGUGAAUGACUUUGAUGAGUUGAGAGAAGAAGGCUUCAGACGAUCAAACUACUCCGAGCUACAGGAGGAAAUUCAAACCAAAGGCAAACAAGUUAAAAACUUUGAAAAAAAAUUUAGACGAAUGUAUAACUAGAAUAACCAAUAUAGAGAAGUGCUUAAAAGAGCUGAUGGAGUUGAAAGCCAAGGCUUGAGAACUACGUGAAGAAUGCAGAAGCCUCAGGAGCUGAUGCAAUCAACUGGAAGAAAGGGUAUCAGUGAUGGAAGAUGAAAUGAAUGAAAUGAAGUGAGAAGGGAAGUUUAGAGAAAAAAAGAAUAAAAAGAAAUGAACAAAGCCUCCAAGAAAUAUGGGACUAUGUGAAAAGACCAAAUCUACGUCUGAUUGGUGUACUUGAAAGUGAUGGGGAGAAUGGAACCAAGUUGGAAAACACUCUGCAGGAUAUUAUCCAGGAGAACUUCCCCAAUCUAGCAAGGCAGGCCAACAUUCAGAUUCAGGAAAUACAGAGAAUGCCACAAAAACACUCCUCGAGAAGAGCAACUCCAAAACACAUAAUUGUCAGAUUCACCAAAGUUGAAAUGAAGGAAAAAAUGAUAAGGGCAGCCAGACAGAAAGGUCGGGUUAGCCACAAAGGGAAGCCCAUCAGACUAACAGCGGAUAUCUUGGAAGAAACUCUACAAGCCAGAAGAGAGUGGGGGCCAAUAUUCAACAUUCUUAAAGAAAAGAAUUUUCAACCGAGAAUUUCAUAUCUAGCCAAAC